AUGGCUGCAGCCAAACCUUCCACCGUUCGCGCGAGUCCUCCCUCGUCCCUAGUACGCGUGCUCCUCCUCUUCACCCUACUCCUCGUCGCUCGGCAAGCCUCGGCCGCCAAUCUCCCAUUGGACGGCUGUCAGUGCGGCAAGCUACGGGGCUUGGAGCGAGCGCGAAUCAACGCCGUUAAUUUCCGGCGGUUCGAGCAGAUCGGGUCGUUCAACGGCGCCUUCAACAGCCACGGCGGGCGCCUCGUGCCGCACCAGCACGGCUCGGGCUCCGUCAAUCUCGAGGUCUACCAGGAGGUCGGAAACUACGUGGAAGUGGUGCGGGGCCGCCCGGGAAGCACGCUAGAGGGGUGCUGCGCGGCGUGCGCGGCGUCCCCGCUGUGCCUGCAGUACCACUGGUUCCCCAGCGCGCAGCAGCGCCGCAACGCCAACAGCUGGUACCGCCCGCCCUUCCGCCACCCAUUCUUGAACCGCCGUUCUGCCCGCAUCGCUUCCUUUCCCUGCGUCGUGUUUUUGCUCGCCUCUGCACUGCCCCUCUCCACCCUUUUCUAA